CAGUCUCCAGCCUCCAGUUGGGACUCGGAACCCGAAGCGCAGGGCGGGACGCGAUGACAGCGUGGGGAGCGCGGCUGGCCGGCGUGCGCGGGGUCCUGCUCGACAUCUCGGGCGUUCUGUACGACAGCGGCGAGGGCGGCGGCAAGCCGAUCGCCGGCUCCGUGGAGGCGGUGGCGAGACUGAAGCGGUCGGGGUUGAAGGUGAGAUUGUGCACCAACGAGUCACAGAAGUCCCGUGGACGCCUGGUCGGGGAGCUUCGCCACCUGGGCUUUGACGUCUCCGAGAGCGAGGUGACGGCCCCACCCCCAGCCGCCUGUCAGAUCCUGAAGGAGCGAGGCCUUCGGCCAUACCUGCUUGUUCACGACGAAGUCCGCUCAGAAUUUGAUGAGAUCGACACGUCCAACCCAAACUGUGUCGUAAUUGCAGAUGCAGGAGAAAAUUUUUCUUAUCAGAACAUGAAUAAAGCCUUCCAGGUGCUCAUGGAGCUGGAGAAUCCUGUACUCAUAUCGCUGGGGAUGGGACGCUACUACAAGGUGACCUCCGGCCUGAUGCUGGACGUCGGUGGCUAUGUGAAGGCACUCGAGUACGCUUGUGGGAUCGAGGCCGAGGUGGUGGGGAAGCCCUCUCCCGAGUUUUUCACGUCUGCGCUGCAGGAGAUGGGCGUGGAGGCCCACCAGGCCGUCAUGAUCGGAGACGACAUCGUGGGCGACGUCGGCGGAGCCCAGCGGUGCGGGAUGAGGGCGCUGCAGGUGCGGACCGGGAAGUUCAGGCCCAGCGACGAGCACCACCCGGAAGUGAAGGCCGACGGGUACGUGGACAACCUGGCGGAGGCCGUGGACCUGCUGCUGCAGCACGCGGACAAGUGACCUUCGGGAGGGUCCCCAGCCUCCUGCCACCCUGCCCCCGGGCCACCCAAGGAUUCAGGCGCAGGAGAGUGCGGCAGCCAGACAGCUGAGGGCUGCCGGCCCUUCCCGUCUCCCUCCCGUGGUGACCCGGCCCCCCCGCAGGGCCGCCCAGACACCCCGCUCCCCGCCCACGCAGCCCUAGUGACGUCGGGGCGGGGCAGGCCCCAGAGCAGGUGCUCCGGGCAUGUCCGGAGCCCCAACCCCACCGCUCUCGUGAGCGCCCGGUCUGCAGUGCUCCUGCAGGGGCCCAGGGGCGGUCGCCGGCUGACUCUUUACCAGACGUUCUUUGCCUCGCAGUGAGGAGCCCGGAGACAGCGGGCCUCCCGGGACAGCCUAGUGACCAGCCCUGCCCAGCCCCCACCCCCACCGGGACUCAGCACGACCGCUGAGCACCCCCCAACACACACACACACACACCCCCCGCCUGCCCACCCCUUUCCUGUCCCAAGUCAUGUUUGGAGCUAAAAGCCGGGGCGGCCCCCAGGGGCACUUGGAAGACCACGGGCUACAAAGCGAGAAAGCUAACCCCUGGGGUCAAGGGCACAGGCGCAGAGGGUGCCUUCUGGAGCCAGAACUCGGUAGACUUGAGUGCACCGCGCCCACUGUACGCAGGAGGGACUGUUCAAUAAACUGCCCUGA